GUUGUGUUUCCCAUUUCCCCUCCCGGUUUUCCCGUGUGUUUUUCUCCAGUCGCCUGGUUGCUAGACGACCCGAUGUGGAACAAGUAACCUCCACUACCAGACAUAAACAACCACUCGUAGCUUCGAGACGCCAUGUCGCCUGCAAACCGGCAGUGCCUACUUGUAGAACGCGGACGAGUCGACGCGUAGUGAGCGGAGUCGGUCAGGCGGCCACUGCUUAAGCUAAUGCUAACGCCGCGGUCCGUUUAAAGGGAAUGAUGGCUCGAUGCUAGCGAUGCGACUGUACUCUUGUACUGGGCCCCUUGGAGAUUAAAACAAUGAAAAUGAAGACCACCAACGAGGGGAACGAAGCGAAAGUGAUGUGGUGACGAGCGGUGACGUGAGGCUCGCCGUCCACAUCGUCACGCUGCUCGUCUCCGGCAGCCCACCCCCUCAUGUCUACAGUCCACUCCGGCGCCACCGCAGGCUGACAUGUCCUCCUAACGCGCACCCUCGUCGGCCGCCAUCAUGUCAGCGGGGGCGAGUGACGUCCCGACAGACGAAGACUUUGAGGGGCUGCCCGACAAUGGCUUCUCAUACUCUGGUGAUUAUUCGAAAAAGACACCAAAGAAGAGAGCGGGCAAGCCUCCGCCUUCUCUGAGAUCUCCGUACCUCUCCAGCAUGAACGUGAACUCCAGGAAAGCGGCCAUGUCGGCCUGGAAGCUGCCGCGGACGUCGCUCUGCGACACGCCCGGCGGGGAAACGUACUCUGCUCGCUUCACGUCCCUCAGCAACCACCACGAUCAGCGAUCUGAGUGGGACAUGAUGGCAGAGUUUCCCAGACACACUUUGCCCACCAGGAAACAUCAUCACUCGGUGCCCAAUGUUGCCAGGGACAAGGAGGAAAUGCAUAAUGAGAUCACGCUGCUCAAGAAGAGCCUCCACGAGCAGAAGUCUGACAAUCAGAAGAUGAAAGUCAAGCUGCGGCGUCUGGAGGAGGACAACGCCAAAAGAGAGAAGCAGCUGGAGGAGCUCCUGGAUCCCACCAAUAGGUCCGAGUACAUUCGCAGCCUUGUGGACAAGAAGCACGAGGGCAGCGUCGUGGUGAACGGACUGAAGCAGAGAAUCCUCAAGCUGGAGCAGCAGUGCAGAGAGAAGGAGAACGCCAUCGGGAACCUUCAGAGUGAGUUGAGGGCCACCAACCUGCAGGAGAUGAAGAUGACUGUGAAGAACUAUUUUGAGGAGAUCCAGAGACUGAAGUUGCUUCUGGAAGCUUCAGAGAAAAGCGGCAUCUCGGAGAGUAAAGUUUUCCGCAGGCAGCAGAAGGCGCUGAGCUCCACCGUGCUGCGUCUCUCCGAGGACCUGAAACAGCUGCAGCUGGACAACGCCGCGCUGCGGGAGGAGAUGAACACGGACAGCCCCGCCGCCGGCAUCAAAGGGUACAAGGAGUGGAGCAAAUACCGACUCUUGAGGAGGCUGCUGGAAAUGGAAAAGAGACUGGAAGAGAGAAACGCCCUGAAAGCCCGGCCUCCAUUGGAGCCGGCGCCCGCUCCCGUGGUGCACCGGGAGGCUCAGACGGCGGCGCCUAAGCUCCUGGACCUGGCGGUCCAGACGCCGCCCGCGGACACGGCGGACGCCCGCACGGAGACGGCCGAGGAGGACGACGUGGGCAACUUGCGAGGGCGUCUGGAGCGGCUGGAGGCGGAGCGGACGCGGCUGCAAGAGGCACUGACCGGUCAAGAAGAGGAUGCCAAACGGAGCAGCGCGCGGCAGCAAGAAGAGCGGGAAGACGCCCGACGGCAGCACGACCGCCAAGUCGGAGAGUUGAAGACGGAAAAGGAAGAGCUGGAAAAACGCCUGCAACGCUGGCGAGCCGAGCAGGCCGGCGAGCGGGAAGCGGAGCGACGGCGCCACGGGGAGGAAGUGCGACAGCUGACCGGCCAAAGCCAAGAAGAGGCCGAGCGAUGGCGACGACGGCUGGAAAAAGAGCGACAGCAGCACGAACUGGAGCUGAGGCGGCUGAGGACGCUGAUCCAGACUCUGGAGGAGAAAAGAAACGAUGGGCGCCAUGACGACCAACGGGUGGCAGCACCGUGUGAUGAGACGGACGACGAUGACGGCGUUGAGGAAGAGGAAGAGCCAAAGGCAGACUUUGAGAGCCGCGCAAUGGAGAGGACCACCCAAAGUGAGGCCGGGGACUCCAGCACUUCGGCGGACAGGGGAGUCUUGGACGAGAGCUCCUUGGUCAGCAUCCAGGCCGCGUUCAGGGGCCACCUGGCUCGCACGCAUCACCUUGCGUGCAGUUUGCCGCGGGAAGCGACAUCAGAGCCGGAAGAGCCCGCCACCGCCGCGGCCGCCAAAACCAGGUUGCACGAGGAAGCGCCGCGGCCCGUCCCCCCCGCCGCUCGCGGCUCGCCGGCGCCCUCCAAAGAUCCCGACACGGGCGACGACGCCUAUUCGGAGGACUCGGACGAUUCGGACGACAUCAUCGUGGCCGAGUCGUACCCUCGGAGAAGCAGAGAGGCCAGGAUCUUGUGACCGCAAAGGCACGACGGGCGUGGAAAACCUCCCCUUGCGGAAUAUCGCGCCGUGGUUCCGCACCGGAAAUUUCUCUGUGGACUCGCCGUGGGCAGGGAGACCCCAUCGC